GGACUGGAAGAUCGUCGUCCGUCUCGAUCGAGUACCCAGGGCUCAGAGUCGCGGUCCUAGGUCUUCUUCAGUUCUUCUCCAGACUCCAUUAUCCAGUUCCCGGUAGGCGGCGGCACGGCUCAACGGACCUCACAUCAGGCAGCCGCAUCUCCGAUUCUCCGUCCAGAAGUGGGAAUGGAGGAGAAGAAGGAUAAAAUGAUGAUGAUAAAGAAGAGGCAGCAGCCAUGGUUCUGGAGCUUGGUGAUGGCAUCAGUAGCCUUGCGAAUGCUCCUCAUUUACUUCUCCAAAAGCCUCAACUUGGCCUCUCGUCCCGAAGUUUCAACCCCUGUAACCAGCCUCCGCCGCCUUGCUGAAGGUUAUUGGCUGAAGCAGUCUUCUAUCUCGCCUUAUGCUGGCUCAAUGUACCAUGGAUCUCCGCUUCUACUUUUAGUAUUAGGCCCACUUACUGCCAUAAGAAUUGAAGGUCUACCAGAUCAUAUUUUCUGCAGUCUGGUUUCUGUGAUGGCAGACUUUGUCACUGCAAUUCUAAUUCGAUCCAUUGGUAAACGUAUCCAAAAAUCAUUUAUAUGGAGCUUAAAAUCAAUAGGUGACAACAAAGUCUUGGAAACCACAGAGGUUCUUUCUCCUGGGGAUAUUGCUGCUCUUGUGUACUUAUGGAAUCCUUUUACCAUACUUUCAUGUGUGGGUUUGUCCACAUCUCCAAUUGAAAAUCUUGCUGUCGUGUUAUCCCUCUAUGGUGCCUGCACCAAGAAAGCUUCGUUAGCAGCUUUUGGAUGGGUCAUAGCCACUCAUUUGUCUCUUUAUCCAGCAAUUUUGAUUGUACCGGUUGUCCUUUUAUUAAUUUACGGACCAGAUACUCCUCCAAAGAAAUUAUUCAUUCACAAGACACUGUAUGAUUGUGGCGAUAAUUCUGCAAGUCAUGGUCCUAGGAAAGACGAGGAAAUAACAAGUCAACUAGAAGAAGCAACAUUCUUCUCAUGGAGGGUUGUAAUAUAUUUCUUCACAUGGGUGUUUGUGUGGACACUCUAUGUGUUAGCUCUAUGUGGUUUCUUUGUCAAGCAGUAUGGCGGGCUCGGUGAGAUGUUUAGAAGAACGUAUGGAUUUAUUCUCACUGUUGAAGACCUGUCUCCGAAUAUAGGGGUUUUGUGGUACUUCUUUGCAGAAGUUUUUGAUUUUUUCAGAAACUUCUUUCUUAUAGUCUUCCAUUUAAACAUCUUAUUCAUGUUAAUGCCAUUAGCAAUUCGGCUGAAGCAUAGACCUCUCUUUCUGGCUUUUGUAUACGUAACAAUCGCUUCAAUGCUUAAAUCCUACCCAUCGGUGGGCGACGCUGCUCUGUACCUGGGAUUGUUGGGUCUCUUCAUCAACGAAUUAGCAGAUAUGCAGUUCUCUUUCUUCCUGUUCUGUGGGUAUGCAGGUGUCUCUCUUCUGAGCCCUGUAAUGCAUAACCUUUGGAUUUGGAGGGGUACGGGGAAUGCAAACUUCUACUUUGCAACGGCUAUGGCAUAUGCUUGCUUGCAGAUACUUUUGGUGGUGGAGAGUGUGAGUGCUAUGCUUAACCAUGACAGAAAAAUGAAAAAGAGGCUAUCGUCUGAUACCAAGAUCUGAAUUCUUCUUCUUCUUUACUCGCCUCAACUCAACUCGAUGUAGGACCUGUGUUAGUUAAACCUUUUUAAGUGUUUCAUUUUCAUCUUGUGUACUAUUUUUAGAAGCAAAAGAUUUAUUUUGCCUACAUAUCCUACUUAUGAUUUGACAAAAACAAUACUCUCUCAAUAUAUACAUAUAUGUCCUAGUCAUUAAGCAUUCCCACUUCUUCUGAACUUUAGAUCAAAACAGUUGAAAGGUAUAUACUUUAUUACAAAAACAUAAAUUUAAUUUAAUUAUAAAAACAUAAAUUCAAACAACAACAUUACCUAGGUACCUUAAUAAACAAUAUAGCACUAAUAUUAAUCUUGAUGACUAAAGCUUC